AUGCAGUCCUCGCACAUUUUUCUCCGGAAUUUUAAAGAUACAAAAGUUGAAUCAACAGCCGUAACGAUGAACCGUUCCGCCUCCAUCAAACCGGAAGAGAUGACCUCCGUGGAGUACGACCGGGACCCAUUCGCCCACUUCGGUGCGCACGAACCGACCCUCAAGGAUCAGAUCCGGACGAGAACCUAUCGGAGGGCCAUCUACAAGAACCAGCACCUCUUCCGGGGCCGUACUGUGCUGGACGUGGGCUGCGGAAUGGGAAUCCUGUCGCUGUUUGCGGCCCGGGCUGGCGCUUCUCGGGUCAUUGCCGUGGACAGUUCCAACGUGAUUGACCACGCUCGGAGCGUGGUUGAGGAGAACGGUCUCGGCCAUGUGAUCACACUGGUACAGGCGAAGAUUGAGUUGCUGGAGCAGCUUCCGCAUGGAAUUGGCCACGUGGAUGUAAUCCUGUCCGAGUGGAUGGGAUUCUGCUUGAUGGACCGGCCGAUGCUGAAUGCGGUCAUUUACGCGCGGGACAAGUGGCUCAAGCCGAAUGGGGGCGUGAUGUUCCCGGAUCGGUGCACCCUCUUCGUGGCGGGGAUCGAAGACAGGAAGGGGCUGGAUGCCCGGAUCAACUGGUGGGAUCGGGUGUACGGAUUCGACAUGAGCCCAAUCCGGAGCAACGCCUUGAUCGAACCGCUGGUGGGUACGAUUGGAACUCGCCAGCUCGUCACCAGUUCCUAUCUGAUCAAGGAAGUGGACAUGUACAGCGUGGAGCACUGCGAAACAACCGGAUCCGAUUUGGACAUCGAGUCCCCGUUCCACUUGAUUGCCAAACGGGACGAUUUCGUCCACGGUUUGGUGACCUAUUUCAACGUGGAGUUCACCAGCUGUGAGAACCGGAUAGGGUUCAGCACUUCGCCGAUGACGCCGUUUACCCACUGGAGGCAGAUGGUGUUCUACCUGGACGAGGGCCUGGUCGUGAAGAAGGGCGAGGAGAUUGGCGGGAUGUUUUGCAUGAAAUCGAAAGAUGCCAGCGGACGGUAUCCGGAGGCGGAUUUCCAGAUUCGGGUGCGGUUUGACGGGGAACUGUCGCAGGUCGAUGAGGAGCGAGGGUAUCAACUGCGUUGAGCGUUUUGAUGGGAUCGAUUGGGGAACCAGAAUUUACCUGAUAUGAACUAUGUUUUCCAAGUUUUAAAUGAAAUAUACUUUAAGCUGUUAUCUUA